CUUGGGGUUUAUAAAGGUCACUCAUCAGUCAUCAGCACCCAAUUUCUCUUCCAUUUUCAGCUCAACUCCCAAUCUCUCUUCCUCAAAGCCAAAGCUUUUGUGUAAACAAACAAGGGUUAUCAUAAAAGAUGGCUGACGAGGAUAUUCAACCUCUUGUCUGUGACAAUGGAACUGGAAUGGUUAAGGCUGGAUUUGCUGGUGAUGAUGCUCCUAGGGCAGUGUUCCCAAGUAUUGUUGGGCGACCUCGUCAUACCGGUGUCAUGGUUGGGAUGGGUCAGAAAGAUGCUUAUGUUGGUGAUGAAGCCCAGUCUAAAAGGGGUAUCCUCACCUUGAAGUAUCCUAUAGAGCAUGGCAUUGUUAGCAAUUGGGAUGACAUGGAGAAGAUUUGGCAUCACACUUUCUACAAUGAGCUUCGUGUUGCCCCUGAAGAGCACCCAGUACUUCUUACUGAGGCACCACUCAACCCUAAGGCCAACAGGGAGAAGAUGACCCAGAUCAUGUUUGAAACUUUCAAUGUGCCUGCUAUGUACGUUGCUAUCCAGGCUGUUCUGUCUCUUUAUGCCAGUGGACGUACAACAGGUAUUGUCUUGGAUUCUGGUGAUGGUGUGAGCCACACGGUGCCAAUUUAUGAAGGAUAUGCCCUUCCCCAUGCAAUUCUUAGGUUGGACCUUGCUGGUCGUGAUCUAACUGAUGCCUUGAUGAAAAUCCUCACUGAGAGAGGUUACUCUUUCACUACCACUGCUGAGCGGGAAAUUGUUCGUGACAUAAAAGAGAAACUUGCCUAUGUUGCCCUGGAUUAUGAGCAGGAGUUGGAGACUGCAAAGACCAGCUCUGCAAUUGAGAAGAGCUAUGAGUUACCUGAUGGGCAGGUUAUCACAAUUGGUGCUGAGAGGUUCCGUUGCCCAGAAGUACUCUUCCAGCCAUCUCUCAUUGGUAUGGAAGCUCCGGGUAUCCAUGAAACUACCUACAACUCCAUUAUGAAGUGUGAUGUUGAUAUCAGGAAGGAUUUAUAUGGCAACAUUGUGCUUAGUGGUGGGUCAACCAUGUUCCCUGGAAUUGCUGAUCGGAUGAGCAAGGAAAUUACGGCUCUUGCUCCCAGCAGCAUGAAGAUCAAGGUGGUUGCACCUCCCGAAAGAAAGUACAGUGUCUGGAUUGGAGGAUCAAUCUUGGCAUCUCUCAGUACUUUCCAACAGAUGUGGAUAUCCAAGGGUGAAUAUGAUGAAUCUGGCCCAGCUAUUGUUCACCGGAAAUGCUUCUGAGUUGGUGAGGGAGAGAUUGGCGGUGAAUCAAGAGUCUACUUCACUUAGUCUUGUGUCAUAUGUGAGUUAAGUUUGGUUGACUUUUGAAGCUCUGGUUUUAUUAAUAGAGAAGGGAUAUUAGUGUAUUGGAUGCUUGGGGUUGUAAGCUUGGAACAUGUUAUGCGCUGUCUCGCUGAGUCUUAGAAGCCAACUUAUUAUUGGCAAAAGGUGGCUAGUCUUGGAACCUAGCUGGUAGUAGUCUUGUUUGCUUUUUUUUUUUUUCCUUUCAUUUUUCAUGUUUUAGCCAUGAACUGAGUUGCCUUGAGUUAGAAACUGGUAAGUUUUAUCAUCUUUCCUCCCAUGGUGGGAUUUUUGAGUCUUAUCUGUUUAUAUCUAUUGUUGUAAGCCUAGUACAAUUUUUAUGUCAGUUUGCAAAGAACUUUUCCAGAGAACA